AAUAAAUGAAAUAAGCGCGGAUACAAGAGCCGAGAAGCGGGCCGAAUCGGAGCCUUCCAUCGCGUGACAACAACAACUGAGCUUCGAGGGACAGAGGAGGAGCAGGCGACUCGCGCACCCUUCCAGACAUGAAUUUCCCCCUUUUUCAUUGCCAGCACGCUCUUACACGCGCCCUCGCCAACACCCUGUGAUUAUGACAUGAUAAGGUGAAAAGAUGUCUCCCCUGAUAGAUGUUACAAACACGGCAGUGGGCCUGCAGGUGGAGUCGAGCAGCAAGAGAAGUGUAAGACCACAGAGGGCUUGUGCAAGGGGGCCUGAUGUUAACCAGCAAAGCAAGGUCAACAAGAGAGGAUUGCCAGAGAGAGUCAAGGGAAAGGAUGAAGCUGAGGCAAUAAGAAAGUGCAAUACUUGGAUGGGUGGCCCAGCAGGUGAUAUGGCUGGGGGUGGAGCAGACUGCCUGGUCGCAUUCUCGUCUACCAGCCAAUGUCCAGCUGAGGUAGGUCUACCACGUGUCCCUCCACUCCCUCAAGCGGCUGAUGCAUUGUUGUCACAAGCAGUGCAGGCACUCAGUCUGUCAUCUCCCAGUAGCAAGACAAGGACCCGUACACACAGAAGACUCAGCAGACACAGGGCUACAAGCAAGCAGGAACAUGAACAAGCUUCAGAUAAUGUAGUGUUGAGUUGUAGUAAUAGUGGUCUUCCAGAGAAUUCACAAGAGAGCACUGGCAUAACUACCCCAAAGCAGUGUGGAGCGUGUGGACUCGAGUUCACAUCCACACCCGUCCUGACACAACAUUUGGUCCGGCAUGUUUAUGAUGGGCUAUAUGCAGCACAGUGGCUAACUCAGGCAAUGGGCCUUGUGUCCAACAACAGGCAGUUGGGGGAAGGGCCUAGCCAAUCUGUUUCCUCAGAGGACACUGGGGAACACAAUGCAAGUCAGGUCCCACAGCAAUACAGCCAAACAUCUGCCACAGGGCAUUGAAUUGUGAGAGGGUGUUUUUUCAAAGUAAUAGCCAUGGUCUGUGGGUGUGUUUGGCCAGUUUGAAUCAGGGUUUUCUUUUUACUUUUUUUUAUCAGUUUUAUAUAUUCAUAUUUGGAAGUGAAUAACAUAAUAUUUUCUUGGAGGUUGCAAUUUCUUUUUACUGACCAUGAAUUGCAACAUUCUACAGAAAUUUGUUUUAAAUACAUUCUGUUUUCUUCAUUCCAAGCAAAGGCCAGAUACUUGCAUUUCUAUGUUUAAAUGCUAGAUGUUACAAUUAAGUGCAAUACAUGAACUACGUAAUGUGUUUGUUAAAAGUUACUGAAAUGUGUGAAAAAAAAAUGCUUUCAGUUUAUGAUUUUUAUCGCUUAACAUUGUGUUUAUUAUUGGUAGUAAUGUUGUUUAAUUUUUCAGUUGUAACAAUAAGACCCCAUGUAUAUCUGUAUCCUAGUCUUGAUUCAGCUAUUUAUACUUGUUACUUUUAAAAUUGUUAGUAGUUCCUUAUCUAAUAUUUAUGUUUUGUGGUGUAAGAUAUUUUUAACCUCCAGCCACACUCCACCAGCUGUAUUUAUGAAUGGAUGCAAAGAGAGAAAAAAAAUCAUAAAGUAUUGUGCUCCAUUAAAGUCGUAGCAUAUGAUUUAUUCACUGUACACUUGUGAAGUGUGGCUUCAGACUUAAAACCUAUUCCUCUGUGUUGCAUCGUCAACCCCUUUUCAGUAGACAUCAGCAAGAUGUUGAAAGACCUUGAACGAUGAAAUGGUAAUUUUAUUUUGUGCCAGUCUUACUUUUAGCUGUGGUUUAUUUCCUUUUUAAUUCACUGCGAGUGAGCCUAUACCUUGCAUUAGUUGUAAGAGGAGUGGUACUAGGGCACAUAACCUGUUUAUGGAGAGUGCUGCCACUUGUGUCUUUUUUAUUUAUUUUUUUAACAGAAAGUUGCAAACGAUAAUGUUGAAUGUUUGUUUUUUAUUUUUAUUUAUUUUUUAUUUUUUUAUUCUUUUAUUAUUAUUAUUUUUUUUUGAGUAGAUAGGAGUGAAGCAAUAUGAGGUGUAGCCAGCAUCUGUUGAUAGGUAUUUUUUCCAGCUAUAUAUCAUUCCAAGCUAUACAAUCCUGUCUACUAGGAUUCAGUUGUGUAAUUUUAUUACACUGGACAUAAUGUGUUGCAAUGUUAUAUGUUUUACACCCAUGAUUUGUCUUAACAGGGCUCACAAUGAUCCUGUUGAUUGAAACCAAGCCUUAAAUGUUAGCAAGAUUGCUCAAAUGUGAAAGGUUUGUUAGUAAAUAACCAAUUGGAAGUACUAACUACUACUGGUAUGAAUGUGAUAGAUGGAUAUGAGUUGUAACUACCAUUUCUUAUUUAUUUACUUCGGGACAUGAAUUUUUCUUUUUAUUUGGCUUGAAAAUGUAAUGCCAAAGCCACCAUUUGGAUUCAGUUGUAUCCAUAGUAUGUAAGAAAUAGUUUUCUUUUUAUAGCAAAAUGCAUGUUUUUUUUCUUUUACUUUUCUUCUCUCCCACCUGCUCUUUCUCUCGGCUUUAGUUUAGUCUCUUGUGCUUUCAUGUUUGUUAGUAUGUUAUUGGUAGGUACUAACCAAAGAACUAACUUGCAUGUUCCCGUCUUGAGAAACCUCAGUUCAGUCUAGUACAAACAUUGUGAAUCAUUUUACUUGUUGCAUCAACUUGCUGUUGGAUUUCUUUUGAAAUUAGACUUUUAAACUUUUGUGUUAUCAGUGCAGAAAUUGUUUUCAUCAACUAAGAAAGAAUGAAGAAUUAAAAAAACAGGAAAACCAUGCUCUUGAUGUAGAAAUUGUGUAUUCAGUAACUGACUGUAAUACCAAGUGUGUUCAUUAAUUUUGACUGUGAAAAGGCCAAGCAAUACUGUUGUAAAUUCAGUGCUUGAUGGAAAAUAACUUGCCACUCUGAUAGUACAACUUUUAGUAAUUCAAACCUCUAUAGAUGAUCCACUGUCACGGGUAAUGUAAUAUGACUGGCCCAACCUCUCUCCUCUCCUCUCACACUUAUAUUUAUAUAUUGUAUAUUAGUCCUCUCUGUUUUGCCCAUAUCAAGUUGUGCUUUCCAUUAUACCAUACCAUACCACACAGAAUGCUAAGAAUUACUGUACAUGUGCAUGUAUGUCUAAUAAUACCUUUGUUCAUUGAGAGAGACAGAGAGAGUGAUUAAUUAACAACGUCCAGCAUGUUAUAUGUGAACAUUCAGUAAAUGAAUGUAUUUUAUCCCCUCUAUCAAUGACUAGAGUUGGCUAGUUAAACGUCACCUUGAACAAGAACUUACAGGUAUAAAUGAGUGGAUACGCAGGAAUUUUUAGAAUUUAAAUUGAAUUAUGAUGUCUUUUGAAUGAAAGUUUCUUGUCAAGAUAAAUAUCAUCAGCAUAUGUUAUAAUAAUCAAUAUUAUAUCAUUUGUGUCAACCGGUACAGACAAUGAUUGCCUAUUCCAGAACGAUUAGGUAUAUUACUAUGUUAAUCAUCAGUUUUAUGGUGAAUGUUAAUUUUUUAGAGGCAUUAAUUGUUCAUCAAGGAAAACCUUGAUGAAAGAAAAAACAAGAAGAGCAUCAUAAUAAUUUUUUACAAAUUGUGUUCAGUGUCUAUUUCACAUUCGUUGGAAGAAUUGUAUAAAGCAUAUUGAGAUCCAUCAUCAAACAGCUCUGUUGUGCUCUGAACUUCAUGCAUUAAUAAACCUCUCCAUAUUGGUAUUUUUCAACACUGACAUUAGAGAAGUCAGGUUACUAGUACAAAACUGCCACCUGUUUGUGUAUGCACUUUGAUUAAUAAAUUUGUCAUUUGUA